GGGGGUGCCAGGGUCCCUCCAGUGCUGCCCAGUCUUAGGUCUGAACACCCCUUGCUGGGCCUGGGAAUGGGGGUUCAGCCCUCUGCAGCCCUGAGCUCCAUCCUCCACCACAGGAGAUCACCCAUGUCCCCUCGCCCCAUUUCCCAUCUCUGGGUUCCCCACACCCUUUGUGGGGGGCUUUGAAGCUGGGGGAUUACCUGGGUGCUGUUGGGGUGCUCAACUGGGGGCUUGGGGUUUCCAGCCUGUUUCUUGGCCACAGGCUGGUUUCUGGUAUGGAGAAGUUCCUGGUUAAGUUUAAGGGGCAUUUUAAAGCUGAUCAUUAAUCUCCCGUCUAAGUACUUCUGGAAGCGGCGGGGACACUUCAAAGGCCGGGCUGGGAGCCCAGCAGUAACUGCACUGCUCUGUGCUUCCUCAGUGACUUCACACUGACUUCUCCAACUCGGAGUAAUCCCGUUGUCUGUGUCGGAAGUGAUUGCGAGUCCCCAGCGCAAAGGAAACGAAGGAAUACAGACUGUCUGCCCCAGGCGUCGGGACCUGCUGAGCUGUGGUGACCUCUGAGCUGCGGUAUCUCCGGUCAGUGGGACACUGCUCCUGCACCAGCAUCAUUGUGCAGCUCUUCAACACCUUGGGACACUCAAACCGGCUGCUCUGCAGCUGAGGGUCAGACUGAGCAGGACUCUUCUCCACUUCCCCAGCCUGCAAGCUUCGGAGCCUUGUGGCUGCUUCCGUGACUCAGAGGGGAAGUUGGACGGGGCUGGAGCCUUCCUGUGAACUGGCCCUUGGGCACCUGCUUUCCUGGGAACUCCAACGCUGAACGAUCCCCUUCCAGCAGCACAAGACAUGAGGUGGAACCAGGGUUUGUGCUGGUGCCAAACCUCAGAGCAGCGGGAUCAGCACCACGCGCUCCAAUCCGUGGUGGGAAGGAGCCUGUGGUGACUGCAGGGCUCACGUGCAAGUGUGAACACGCCACACGUGCUCGCUGUGUCUGCAGACCAGGCUCAACAAACAGCACUUAGGGACAAGCAAGCACAGACCAAACUCCUCUGCUGGGACCACCUCCAGCCCUGCGGGUGCUGCAGCACCCUUGGGUGCAGCGAUGCCGGUGCUCUGGAGAAGGCUGUAAUGACUGGAACCCAUCCCAGGAAGCAGUCACCCAGACUGUGGCUUUCCUGGGCUCUCCGUGCUCGCUGGAGUCACAGCCCUGACUCUGGGGGCACCAGUGCUCCCCAGUUUGGGCAUGCAAAGGGGCAGGAGCCAUUGCUGUUCCUGCACCAGCUCAGACUGGAGCAGGCAGUGGGGUUGGGGAUGGGAGUCUGUAGCAAUGAGUUGGGGUUUUUUUUGGUCUGAUUGAGUAGUUUUGGUGCUUUUUUCCCCAAGAAAACAAAGAUUCUGCCCUGCAGCUGAUGCAGUGAAAGAUGAUGAUCCCCACAUAAGGUGUGAUGCUUUGGGGGCUGCUUUGCAUGAUGUCAGGUGGUGGCUCCAUGUCCCAGCUCCAGAGCUCCUGGGAACUGCACGAGCAGAACAUGGCCUAUCUUCCAGAUCCAGACCUGGAGCCCGUGGCUGCCAGCACGUCGCUUCCCGACCCUGCUGCCGAGUUCGACAGGAACGUGCCCCGGAUCUGUGGCGUCUGUGGGGACAAAGCCACCGGCUUCCACUUCAACGCCAUGACCUGUGAGGGCUGCAAGGGCUUCUUCAGGAGAAGCAUGAAGAGGAAAGCCAUGUUCACCUGCCCCUUCAACGGGGACUGCAAAAUCACCAAGGACAACCGGCGGCACUGCCAGGCCUGUCGGCUGAAGCGCUGCGUGGACAUUGGCAUGAUGAAAGAGUUCAUCCUGACGGACGAGGAGGUGCAGAGGAAGCGCGAGAUGAUCCUGAAGCGCAAGGAGGAGGAGGCCCUCAAGGAGAGCCUCAAGCCCAAGCUCUCGGAGGAGCAGCAGAAGGUCAUUGACAUCCUGCUGGAGGCUCAUCGCAAGACCUAUGACCCCACGUACGCCGAUUUCACCAAGUUCCGGCCUCCCGUGAGGAGCACUCCUGGCAACAAGGAGGCAGCGAGGUACUCCUCCAUCCUCACCCAGGACCUGCCAGAGGACCCCAUCGACCUCUUUGGCUCCGAUGCCUUCAGCGCAUUUCCAGAGCCUGCGGAGCCGCAAAUGCUGUCGAACCUGGUCCUGGAGGAGAAUGACGAGACCGCCUCCAUGAACAUUGGCUUCUCCCAGCUCUCCAUGCUCCCGCACUUGGCCGACCUGGUCAGCUACAGCAUCCAGAAGGUGAUCGGCUUUGCCAAAAUGAUCCCGGGAUUCAGGGACCUGGCAGCAGACGACCAGAUCGUGCUGCUGAAGUCCAGCGCCAUCGAGGUGAUCAUGCUGCGCUCCAACCAGUCCUUCACCCUCGAGGACAUGACAUGGACCUGCGGCAGCGACGACUUCAAGUACAGGAUCAGCGAUGUCACCCAAGCUGGCCACAACAUGGACCUGCUGGAGCCGCUUGUGAAAUUCCAGGUUGGCUUGAAGAAGCUGAACCUUCACGAGGAGGAGCAUGUGCUCCUCAUGGCCAUCUGCAUCCUGUCCCCAGACCGCCCGGGCGUGCAGGACACGGCGCUGGUGGAGUCCCUCCAGGACCGGCUCUCCGAGAUCCUGCAGAGCUACAUCCGGUGCCGGCACCCGGGCCCCGGCAGCCGCCUGCUCUACGCCAAGAUGAUCCAGAAGCUGACGGACCUGCGGAGCCUCAACGAGGAGCACUCGCGGCAGUACCGCUGCCUGUCCUUCCAGCCGCAGCACAGCAUGCAGCUCACCCCGCUCGUCCUCGAGGUCUUCGGCAACGAGAUAUCCUGAGCCAGCACCCGCCGGCAAAGGGAUAAGUCAGCCCCGAGGCAGCGGGAGCAGGGACGGGGCCCUGGGUUUGCCCGUAGACACUUGGGUUGCGCCCCACUGGAGGUCCUGCCUUGCGUCCUCAGCACGGCAGUGACAGAGCCAGGUCCCUGUGGGUUUUCCCCCAUUCCCUGAGCAGCUUUCCCGCUUCCCUGCCCUCUGCCAGAGCUGACUUAUCCCUUUACGAGCAUUCUGAGGCUGAGCUGCCUCCACUCACUCACUUCUUGACCUGAGACAUGGAAGGAGAAGCGCCCCGGGGUGGUUCUGGGGGGCAGAUGGACUCGUGGCACUGCUCAGUGUCCUCUGCCCCCCAUCAACGAGGGAGACACCGACUGAGGGUGCCGGGGGCUGCGGUCCCCCCUCAAGCCACUCCCGUGUGACCAGGACGGGGCUGCGGCAGCCCCGAGAGGGGACGUUUGUCCUCAGCCCCCAUGGGAGCAGGCGGAUGAGCCGUAACUCCUGUUCCCAACGCUCCUGCCGGGCUCCGGGGGCCCCUCGGGGUGCAGCUCCGGGGCGCGGCCCCACCAUGGGGGUGACAGCCAUGGCUCCAGCUCGGCUUCGGCACCCAGCGCUGGGCUGGAACCGGGCACCGGCGGCUGCUCUUGCCCCCUCCCCUUCCCCUCCUUCCCGGUAUCGGGGGGCCCCGCACCCCCCCUGCCCCCUGCAGCGCCCGGGACGGACCCAGCUCGCUCCUUGCAAAUAAACUCUCGCUCGAACGGC